UCUAUUUAUGUAUGCAUCUCUCCAAUCCACACACAUAUAUCUCUCUUAACACACACAUACAUUUUUAUAUAUAUGCAAUCUUGAUCAUCUCCAUCUUCAAAUUCAGUUCUCUCUAGUUCAUCCUCUUUCUUUGUUUCUUGAAACUCUCUCUAUAUCAGCCCAAUGGACACAGCCGAGGAAGCGAUACUGGUUGCUAAAGAGCAAGCCUUGAUCAUUAAAGGGAAGAGGACUAAGAGGCAGCGUCUUCAGUCCCCAAUCCCUUUCUCUAUUAUCCCUCCUAUGUCUUCUCAAGAACCGGAUGCCCAAGAAAAGUCCACUAGUCUUGUUUCCAAGGGGAAAAGUCUCAAUGAUGAGAUCAACAACAACAAUAAGAAUGAUAACAACAUUUUGGUCAAUGGUAUGACAUCUUCAUCUUCUGCUUCUUCAUCUUUCAACAAUGCGACAUUAAAGGCCGCAGCUGACGAAGAAGAUCAAGAUAUGGCUAACUGUUUAAUCCUCCUUGCCCAAGGUCAUUCUCUUCCACACCACAAAUUCAGCCACCAACAACCACUAACAAGACAACUCAUGGGAAGUUGCCAAGAAUCCGGUAAUAACAACAACAGCAAUACGUAUAGAUCUAGCAGCAGGAGGUUUCUAGAGACAUCUUCAUCAAACGGGACCACGACCAGUGGAGGCAGAGCUGGUUACUAUGUUUACCAAUGCAAAACAUGUGACCGAACUUUUCCAUCUUUUCAAGCUCUCGGUGGUCAUAGAGCCAGCCACAAGAAGCCUAAAGCCACUGCGGGUCUUCAUGACCUCAAGAAGUCUAUCUACAACGACGCCGUUUCUCUUCAUCUCAACAACGUCCUCACCACAACUCCUAACAACAAUAAUAAUAACCAUAGAUCGCUUGUGGCCUACGGCAAAGCUAAUAACAAUAAAGUCCAUGAGUGUGGAAUAUGUGGAGCUGAAUUCACAUCCGGACAAGCCUUAGGUGGUCACAUGAGACGCCAUAGAGGCGUGGUGGUAUCUGCCACCACAGCCACCCAAACCGCGACAUUAGCCCUUCCGGCUACUGCAAACACGGCUUUGACAUUGUCGCCUAUGUCGUUCGAUAAGAUGUCUGACGGUCCAGUUCAGGCUCCGGUUAAGAGAGCGAGGAGUGCAGUUGUGUCAUUGGAUUUAGAUCUGAAUCUACCAGCUCCGGAAGAUGAGAACCGGGUCAACGGAUUAAGUGUUGCUUCAAAGCAAGAACAUGGACAUGAACAAACACAACGGAGAGAAGAACAAAAGUCUAUUGUUUUGUCUUCUGCUCCUACAUUGGUGGAUUGCUAUUACUGAAUCAAAAUUCAAUACCAAGAUUUGUUUAUUAAAAAAAAAAUUACGCAGAAAUUGAAGUUCACUUUUUAUAAAAUCAAAAU